AUGAAGCCGUGGAUUGUGUUGGUCGUGCUGGCUCUGUAUAAUUUGUCAUUUGUUUCUACCGCCGUUCACAGUCCUAUCUAUAGAACUCUGUGCAAGCGAACGGGAGGAUCAAUAUAUUGUUACCAGGGCAAUACUUGGGGCUUCGAUGAGAGGACUCGUAAAUGUUAUCGUGUACCUAAGGCUCGGGAGCCAUGUGGCUUUUUCGAUGGUAAAAAGGGUUGCAAGGACUUCUGUCUAAAGCCCAGCGGGUAA